GGAUGAGUCAGACCCAAAGAGAAGAAGGCUGUUGGGGGUGAUUUAACCGACGGCGAGGCAAUCCAUGGGUCCGUAAGGGAAGCCGGGGUGCCGCAGGCCACCUGAAUGAAGCUUAUGGGCUGCUAACUGGAAAGCCAAGGGGUGACGACAGUACUGAGCAAGAUGAACCGCCUAGACGCCUUAAGAGACGACAGGAGUCCCCCGAUUCCUGGAAAAGGAAGCGAGACAGACCCAAAAGAUAAUAAUAAAAAGGAAAGAGAAAGGGCUUCUUCCCUUUGUUUUCUUCCCUCCACCUCCACCCACGUCUCGCCUUUCCUCCGGCCGCCGCAUCCUCAACCCAAGGUGGAACCGGGGCGCGUCGAGACCUUCGCUUUAAAAAUGCCGAUGGAGCUAACGCAAAGCCGCAUCCAGAAAAUUUGGCUCCCGCCCGACAAUCACCCGGCGCUGCCCCAUAGAUCAUGUGGCCCUCAGCUUACCAAUUCCCCCACUGUGAUUGUCAUGGUCGGCCUCCCGGCUCGUGGGAAAACCUACAUUUCCAAGAAGCUGACCCGCUACCUCAACUGGAUCGGCGUCCCGACAAAAGUGUUCAAUGUCGGGGAGUAUCGCCGCGAGGCCGUGAAGCAUUACAGCUCCUACGACUUCUUUCGUCCUGAUAAUGAGGAGGCUAUGAAAGUCCGCAAGCAAUGUGCCUUAGCCGCCCUGCGAGAUGUCAAACUGUACUUGUCCGAGGAAGGUGGCCAGAUUGCGGUUUUUGAUGCUACAAACACCACACGCGAGAGAAGAUCUAUGAUCCUGCAUUUUGCCAAAGAAAAUGGUUUCAAAGUGUUCUUCAUCGAAUCCGUCUGCAAUGACCCGUCUGUCGUCGCUACAAACAUUAUGGAAGUCAAGUUGUCCAGCCCGGAUUAUAAGGACUGCAACUCUGCUGACGCGAUGGAAGAUUUCAUGAAGAGAAUCAGCUGUUACCAAUCGAGCUACCAGCCUAUGGACCCAGACGACUACGACAGAGACCUGUCGCUGAUCAAAGUGAUUGACGUUGGCCGGAGGUACCUUGUGAACAGGGUGCAAGACCACAUCCAGAGUCGAAUCGUCUACUACCUGAUGAACAUCCACGUCCAGCCUCGCACCAUCUACCUGUGCCGGCACGGCGAGAGUGAAUACAACCUCAAGGGGAAGAUUGGGGGAGACUCUGGGCUCUCCUGGAGGGGAAAGAAGUUUUCCAGUGCGUUGAGCCAUUUUGUCCAGGAGCAGAACCUGAAAGACCUCAAAGUUUGGACCAGCCAGCUCAAGAGGACCAUCCAGACGGCAGAGGCUCUUGACCUGCCCUACGAGCAGUGGAAGGCCCUGAAUGAAAUUGACGCUGGUGUGUGCGAAGAGCUAACCUACGAUGAAAUCAAGGAAAAGUACCCUGAAGAAUAUACUCUGCGGGACCAGGACAAAUACUACUACCGCUACCCAUCGGGAGAGUCCUACCAGGAUCUUGUGCAGCGCCUGGAGCCCGUUAUCAUGGAGCUGGAGAGGCAGGAGAACGUCCUCGUCAUCUGUCACCAGGCCGUGAUGAGAUGCCUCUUGGCCUACUUCCUUGACAAGAGUGCAGCGGAAAUGCCUUACUUGAAAUGUCCUCUCCACACAGUGCUAAAGCUGACCCCUGUGGCAUAUGGCUGCAGAGUUGAAUCCAUCUGCUUGAAUGUUGAGGCUGUGAACACCCACCGGGACAGACCAGAGGUGAGGGGCUUCUGGCUGCCCCUUGGGGCCCCCUCUUCCUCCCCCUGUGUAGUUGGAAAGGAGUUGGGUAGACACCUGUGUUGUAGGAAACCGCUCAAAGAUGGACCCCCUCUUUUUGAUGCAAAGAAGGGACCUAACACCCUCAUGAGGCGCAAUAGCGUCACCCCUCUAGCGAGCCCAGAGCCCACCAAAAAACCUCGCAUCAACAGCUUUGAGGAGCAUGUGGCUGAUUCUGCUUCCGCUGCCCUGCCCAUCUGUAUGCCCCAGGAGGUGCCCGCCCAGAUGCCCGGACAAAACAUGAGCACGACCCGCACACAGUCUUGAGUUUCUCCAGGCGAUGUUUAGGAAGGCGGAAGAGCGCGGACGGAAGGAAACUCAGCCCGCUUGUGUCGCCCCGCUCCGAAGCUUGCGUCUGCCUGUGUGUGUGAUCUCCAUUCAACGCGAGGCUAUUCCCUUCUCGAUCUCCAUAAGCUGAUCAUCUGCCUGUUGCGUAUCGGACUCUGUUGCGUAUCGGACUCGACACGAUGGUGUUUUUUGGGGGUGGGUGGGGAAUAGGGGAUACACAAGAGAGGAAGGGAAGGAGAAGGAACAUCGCUUUAGAAUGCAAAACGGAGGUUCAUGAAGUUGGUUGCUUUUCCACCACCACUUUUUGAGAUUUUGGUAGACUAAAGUGUCAUCCUCUGCAGCAUCCUUGCGUCCCCUGAGUUGUUUUAUUAUUAUUUCUAAAGUGACACAGUUGCCUUGCAGAGAAGAAAGAAGAAAAAAACUGGACACUGUGCUGCUUUCUCAGCCUUUGUAAAUAAACGGAUGUUGGUUCUUGGGGUCUGUGUGGAGAGGGGAGGGCAUGGGGAGCAUAAAAGCACCUUUUGCGACACCUGCAUGUCUGCUUUUAAUUUUGCCACUUUGCACUUCUCUCCCUCUCUCCUUUUUUUACAGCUACAAAAACAAAGCACACCCACACAUACCCCGGAUAUCAGAGAGGGAUUUAAGGAUAGUUCUGUUGUUCUUUUGCAGCCAGUUCUGUAGCCACUUGCCGGCACCAUAGCCACUGGCUUUGUUAGGGUGGCCGAGUGUGAUUUUAACAGAGUGGGAAAGUGUUAGGAGUGCAGGACUUUACAAGCCACGCUUAGGAUUAGCGGCACAAGGGUAAGCAACCUGGUGCCGGCUAGGUGUUGCUGGACUACAACUCUAAUCAUCCCUGCCCUUUGCCUUUGUUUGCCUGGGCUGGUGGGAGUUGUAGUCCGGCAACAUCCCGAUGGCUGCCUGUGGAGUGGGAGAGCGAGCAAUGACCCCGUAGGAAUAAAGGGGGCAGGUCAGUUUCAGAAAGGUGGGUCAGCAACGCCUGCAGUGCCUACUUUGGCCCACGGCAAAAUCCAUGUGUGUUUGUGUGUGUGAUCUUUUAAAAAAAUUAAGAGCUGCUCUUGGCUGAGAAGUUGCGUCCGUAGCAUGCAAGGUGGGUUCUACAUGUGUGCAAGCAGUUGAAAAGACUCUCUUUUGCCUUUUGAAAAAGCAUUGGGUGGUUUUGAGCGUUAGUCAUGCACCUGUUGGAACAAACAGACAUGACUUAACUGCUGCUCAUUUCAGUGUGGCUCACCUGGAAUAAAACCCCAUUUUCUCCCUUUGAGUGUGUGGGUUCUCCUGUUGCUUCUCCUAUCCCUCAGCCCCUUCUGCUAGGAUUUUAUCCUUUAUCAGAGGAAGCGUGGCUUUAUUUUGCACAUAGCAAGUGGUAUGUUCCCCCCCCCCUUCCUGCCCCAACUAGGUGUGGUUUGCAUUUACCUACGCCUUGCGUAGUGGGAAAAAACAUUUUACACAAACUUGUCUUUCGCUUGGUUUUAUAUAGCAUGAAUUGG